AUGGGCGCUGGCCUUAAACGGGGGCCCGACCCUGCUAACGACAAACCGAAAUGGCACCAUUCCACCGCCACCGACGACGAGCUGACUCUAGACAAACUCAGUGGACUCAUAUUUGGCAUUAUCCCCGAUGCCCCGCUGGACGUGCUCUACGGAGCCACGGAGGCGGUGGCCGAGAUCUGUACUGCCAGUGACAAGGAUACUCAGCAAAAGCUCGAGGAAACCCAGAAACUUCUUGGCGAACCGGUCGAGGAAGUGCUUUUUGGCGAUAUUCUCCGGCUUUCACAACAAUUGGGCGAUGAGUGGGGCGCCGGCGACGAAGUGGAGGCUGAGGGCGAGGUGGUGUUUGCCGUUGACGAUGACGACGACGCCGAGGCGGAAUCCGAAGAGGAAGCGGAUGUACCCUCCGAGAGAGAUGAUGAGACUACUGAUGCGACUCAGUUUGUGUCGAAAACCACAGUUACCACUGCUAAUGAUGAUACACCGACAAACUCACUCACACUCAAAAUGAGUGAUAUCACCCCCGUCAUGGUCAGUCAACUUAUCCAGGGAUGUUUCUCCACUACUGAGGAAGCCCAGCCUGUGGUGGACGCUGUUACCGAAUUAUUCAAGCGAGAGGAGAAUGCCAGCGAUGACUUUGACGCCGAGUUUGAGGACGAAUUGCUCGAGGCGUUUAGCUAUGAUCACGUGGAUGUGAUCAAACAGUUAGUGCACAACCGUAAGCGAAUUUACUGGAAGCUACGCUACCUUGACGAUAAUGAAGCCACCAAAGAAGCCUUGGGAGAGUCACUGGAUAUACUACGGGAAAUUCUAGGUAACGACCAAAGUGACCACCCCCAGCCGAAACGACGCAAACGAGACACUACUAAUACUCUGAAUCAACCGGAAACCGCACCGCUGGGACCGCAGGAGGUGGAUAUCACCCAGUACUGUGUCCAUGACGAUACCCACAAACCCCUGGUGAAGCUUCCCCUGGGGACAUACCAAGAGGCCCACCACGACUACGAUAUCAUCACCGUGCCCCCUCCCCCCACACCGGAGGCUCAGGAGAAGCCGUUAGUGCAAAUCGCCGACCUCCCAGAGUACUGUCAACCCGCGUUUGGCAACACUACCCAGCUCAACCGCAUCCAGCUGGCAGUGUUUGCCGACGCUUUUGAGUCCGAUGCCAACAUGUUGAUUUGUGCUCCCACCGGUGCGGGUAAGACCAACAUCGCCAUGCUCACGCUUUUGAGGGUUUGGGGAAAACACUUAUCGGGACCUAAACUGGCGCGGAAACGGUUCAAAGCAGUAUACAUUGCGCCUCUUCGAGCCUUGGUACAGGAACAAGUGCGAGCAUUCCAGCUGAGACUCCCUGAAUUGACGGUGGUCGAACUCACUGGUGACUCCGAUACCACUGCCCGCGAAAUUGCCGAGGCCAACGUGCUUGUGGUUACCCCUGAGAAAUGGGAUGUUAUCACGAGAAAACUGCCCCACUACGUCUCAGAAGUCGAGCUUUUGGUGAUUGACGAGAUCCACUUGUUACACGACGACAGAGGGCCUGUGCUUGAGAGUCUUGUUGUGCGUACUCGACGUGACCCGCGAGUGCGGAUCGUUGGUCUUUCCGCCACCCUCCCCAACUACGGCGACGUGGCGACGUUUAUCGGCGCUCAGCUGGUGCACUUCUUCGAUGGUAGUUUCCGGCCCUGUCCCUUAGAACAGCAGUUUUACGGGAUCAAAGCCCGGGGGAUGAAGAGGGUAGCGGCGAUGAACAACGUUGUCGAGUCCGUAUGUCGCUCAAACUUGGAACAAGGGAAUCAGGUGAUUGUGUUUGUCCACCUGAGGAAGGAAACCGGAAAGUUGGCCAAAGUCUUGGGAGAAACGCUCAAUGUUGUGGACUCAGAGUCAGUGCAACGAGAAUUAAACCAAGCAGCAGCCGACUACCACAAUCAAGCACUUAAACAGGCCACCAUGCUCGGGGUAGGCUGUCACCACGCCGGGCUUUCUCGAGACGAGCGGCUGACCACCGAACGCCUUUUCCUUGAAGGUCGCCUCCGUGUGCUUGUGCUGACGGCGACGUUGGCGUGGGGGGUGAAUUUGCCCGCCCACACCGUGAUCAUCCGUGGCACCGAGCAGUACCUGCCGGCGGACGGGCGCUGGCGCCAACUCAGCCCUCAGGACGUGCUCCAGAUGCUUGGUCGUGCCGGGAGACCCGGGUUUGAUACGCUGGGGCUGGGGAUCGUGAUUACGGGGCGCGAUUGGCUCCAGUACUACCUUGCCGUGACCAACCAACAGCUUCCGAUUGAGAGUACCCUCCCGCUCCGACUCAACCUGAUGCUCAACGCCGAAGUGGUGGCGGGUACGGUAUCCUCGUUUGACCAAGCACUUCAGUGGCUUAACCAGACGUACUAUGCGGUGAGAGUACGCCAGUCGCCCCUGACUUAUGGCAUUACCGAUGUUGACGCCACCUUAACCAGUAUCGUCCAUCUGGUGCUUAAACGACUCCACGACGGUAAACUUUUGGUGUAUGACGAUCAUGACGUCGUCAAGAUGACCGAGCUCGGGAAGAUUGCCCUGUUCUUCUACCUCAACCCCACGACCAUUGCUGGGUACUUGGACCGUAUGCGUUCCUAUCAUAGCGAGGUCGACGUGCUACUGGUGUUUUGCCAUUCAGACGAGUUUGCUGAGGUGCCGGUACGCCCCGAGGAACGCUACGAGACGCGUAAGCUCUGGGAAAGGUGUCCCAUCCCCAUCAAAGAAGGUGCGGAUACGGGGGUGGCCAAGAUCAAUGUUCUCCUCCAAAGUUACGUGGCCCGCUUACCACUCACUGGGUUUGCUCUCCACGCCGAUAUGGUGUAUGUGAGCCAGCUGGGGCUGCGGUUAUUCGCCGCCUUGGCCCAGUUGUGCCUCCUUCAAGGAUGGUCCCAGUUAGCCCAGAUCUGCCUUCGGUGGUCGUUGAUGGUGAAACACCGGGUGUGGGCGGUGGACUCGCCGUUUGCUCAGUUGGCAGAGACUUCUCCCGAAGUGAUCAGAGCGACGCUGGCAGCAAGACUCCCUUUUGGCAACUACUUCCACCAGCAACAAUUAGACCAGUUCUCGCCUCCCAUCAGAGACCAACUCACCAAACUAGUGAAACUGUUCCCCCAGCUUACCAUCGACGCUACCGUCCACCCGUUGGCGCCGCUGGUGGUACGGUGCCAACUUGACUUGGUGCUGACGCUACCCCAUCGGUACACGGUGAUGGUGUGUGUCGACGACCGCAUUCUUUGGAGCGAGUCUGUGCGCGUGGAGAGCAGUGCCUAUUUUGACCUCUUUCUCCCGUUGGUGACCCCGGUACCCCAAGUAUACGAGGUGAUCGCCGUCCUGUCGCAAUGGCUCCACGUGGGAGCCCGAUUCCCCGCCAUCACCUCGGGGCUUAUCGUCCCCAAAUCGUUUGCUAGUGCGUCACCAGUGGACGACGACCAGCCAGAAAUCCCCUUGCUGAAGUUUGGUAGCCCUGAUUGGGGUACCACGACCUCCUUAAACAAGUACCAAAGCCAAGCGUUCCAUCUGGUCUGGCAUACCGAAAAUAACGUGUACGUGGGGAUGGCCCUCAGCAACCAGCCUACGGUGCUAGCAAAGCUAGCGGUGCUUGCGUGGCUCAAUUCUGAGAAUGCCGACGGCAAAGUGCUCUGGCUUACCCCUAAUCCCACUAACAAAAUCGAUUUGGGAGUCGAAGGGGUCAGCGUGGGUAUUAUCAAUGGAGUGGAUGCCAAGCAGGACUUGGCCACCAUUGCCCAGUCGCACGUGGUGGUGCUGCUGCCGCUGCUGUGGGAGCAGUUGCUGCGGCGGUGGCGCCAGCGGAAACUUCUCCACUCGUUUGACGUGAUGGUAUGUGAUCACAUCCAUGCCCUACGAAACUCGUGGGAGUACGAAGUGGCAAUUGCCCGGAUGCGCACAGUAGCGACAUCGGUGGAACGCCCCCUCCGGAUUGUCGCCUGUGGUGAUUAUACUGGUAACGGGGCCAGCAUCGGCGAGUGGCUUGGCUGCUCCAAGCUGGACAUCUAUAACUUCUCCGGCAGUGCUCGGGCCGAGCCUUGCGCAAUUGAACUUGUGGCUGACGAUGGCAACAAGACGGUGGCCAAGGGUGACGUGGUGUAUUGUGAGCUGCGGAGUCAGUGUCUUGCUGUGUGCCAUUUGGUCGAUGAUACUAAGUGGUCGCAUAAGGAGAUUGCGGCACUGGUUAAGGCUAAAGACCCUCAGGUGGCCGCACAACUCGCCCGAGGCAUCGGGGUGUUGUAUCUGGGGAUGGACGCCGACUUGGAGCGCGUGGUCCGCAAAUUGUGGGCGAAGAAGGCGUUGGAUAACGUCAUCUCCACCGCUGACUAUGUCGUCGACGCCACCGCCACCGUCAUUUGGUCCACAAGCUUACCCUUGACUAAAACUUUGGAGCUUGUGGCGUUGACCACGCACCGCGCGGUGGUGUAUGUGCCUGCGAACCAGAUCGAGCAGUAUCGCCGGUUCUUGCUGUACGAGACGCCGUUGCCGGUGGAAAGCGGCAUUGGUGAUCACAUCGACGACGUACUAAUGGCAGAGGUCGUCAGCGGCACUGUGGGCCUGAUGCAGCAGGCGUUGGACUGGUUGACCCACACCUACUUCUACCGGCGCAUGCAGCUGAACCCAAGCUUCUACGGGGUGUCGGAAGUGUCCUACGACGGCAUCUCGUUGUUCCUCAGUGAACUCGUGGAACUGCUGGUGGAGAGACUCACCACGUCUCAAUUGGUCGAAGUGGAAGACGCUGACGACGAAGAGGAAGCGCUUGUGGCUACUACUGAAGCGGCAAUUGCCCUGCGCUACGGGGUGCUGGCAGCCACCAUGGCCCUGUGGACUGCCUCAGCCACGAAAUUGACCGAGAGAUCGCGGUUGAAAGGGGUGCUCUGGGCGUUGGCCCACGCCACCGAACUCGAUGUCCCUGUGUCUAACCCGUUGGAAUUGGCGAAGCUGGCCCCCAUCACCGUCGACCACCCCGAGACUGCUCCCGCCGCCUUCUGGCUCCUCCAGGCGUAUUUCAGCCGCCAGUUCGUCGGCUUUGACCGCCUAGGAGCGUUAUCCACCGUCAAACAACGCGUUCUCCCCCUCGUCAACGCCAUUGUCGAUUUGCUUCUGAGCCGCGGCUACUUGAACGCCCUUGUCGCCAUGGACAUCUCGCAAAUGGUAGUACAACAAUUGUGGAAACUGGAGCUGCCGUUAGUACAACUCCCCCACGUGCUGCCCCAGCUCUUGGAGCGGGCCAAGCAGCAUAACGUCACUACGGUAUUCGACAUUCUUGCCCUUGAAGACGAUGAGCGAGACGCCGUGUUACUGAUGGAUGAAAGCCAGCAGGAAGACGUGGCUGAGUUUGUCAACGCGUUCCCCAACGUCGAUUUGGCGGUGCUGGUGUCGCAAAGUGAAGUGAAGGCCGACGAUCCCGUCGAGCUUACGGUGAUGCUUGAACGCGAUGAAGAAACUGAUGGACUGGUGGUGUGUCCGUUUACUAAAGAUAAGCACGAAGUGUGGUGGAUUGUUGUCGGCGACUUUGACCUGAAACAGCUCUAUGGGAUCCGCCGCACCACCAUCACCCAGGAGAGCCAGAAAUUGCUGAUGGAGGUGCUGGUGCCGUCAACAGGGAACCACGGGUUGUCGGUGUGGGCCAUAUGCGAUAGCUACGCCGACGCUGAUAAGGAAGUGGCGUUUGAUUUGUCGGUGGUGUGA